AGUUUUUCGUUUAUCUUAAUGUCUCGCGUAGUGUGCAGUUUGUGGCACAGCAAGUUUGAGAGUUUAUUGGCACUUAUUACGUUUUUGUUUAGCUUUAGCAUGAUAAUAUUUCUAUUGUUUCUAGUGUUAUUUUGAGUGAUAUAUCCCCACCCGUUCAGCACCGCGGAGCAUACUUCAUCGUCUGUCCUUGGAACUGUCCACAGAACAUUGCAGAAUGAUCCGCCAAUAAGCGGCUCGUGUUUUGUUAAAAAAUAUAAGAUUCGAGUUGAAAUACUCUGUAAAGAUCCCAUAUACGGUGAUCUUUUCAAACAUGCAUCGAAUCUGAUUGUUUAAAAGCCUGGAGAAAAAGUUGAUAACUUACGAUAUAUUUAGUUAGUACUGCCUUGGUUUGUGAUGUACAUUAUGAAUAAUCAUACAUUUGAAAUCAAGCUCUCGUAGAAGGAACUUUUUGAGAAUGGGAGCAAUUUGCAUGAUUGAGGUGAUAUAACUGGAGCCCGCUGCUGCUGGAGCUGAUUUGAUCCUUGGGAGGAUGAGUCUUGGUAAAAGCUUGAGGAGGUCAUUGGCCACCGUAGUUACUGUCGCUCUCAUCCUGUUCCUAGUACAGUACGUGGAUGGCCAGAAAGGAACUUCGAUGCAGGUUUCGUGCAGUGAGAAUGGGGCCUACCUAGGGAAACAAGUGGGAGACGUCAUCAGCGUUUACUCAGAUGGAUAUCCAGACUAUGAGACUGCCAUCCCACAACCUGGUUGCAAAAUCACUCUUGAAUCAUGUUUGAGGUGUCGAUUCAGAGUAGAGAUCCGUGCCGACUUCCCAGUGUGCAACACUGGCCCUCACACAACAAGCAAAAGUAUCUGCUCGCAACAAUGGUGCCGAACCCUACUGAUCUAUGACACAGUUUACCGCGAUACAGAAGCCGUCCGUGUGUCGGGGGGACAGGCAGCUUUCCCCAGCAUCUUUUUGACAACGUCCAACUUCAUCACUUUAGACUACUGUAAAUACCUACUGAGUGGAAAUGUGAAGUUUAAUAUCACUGUCUAUACAGUAGAAAAGGAAACUUUAUACCACUCGGAUGAUGGCCUGAUUGUUUCGCCAAACUUUCCCUUUGGUUAUUAUGCAAGGAAAGAGAUCUACACCUACAUGAUCGAGUCUCCAGGCAGUAAAAAUCAUGCCGUCCUCAAGUUUAUUGAUUGGGAACUAAACCAUAAUGCCGACAGCAAACUUCGGGUUGAAUCUUUCAACAAUGGUUUCAGCACAUUUGAUAAAACAUUUUAUGCCAAAGACUUCCGUCCGAUGUUAUUUCUUACGGGAAACCAAGUGAAUCUGACAUUUUCUGCUGGUUCCACUCAAGGCUCUCUAAGCGGUGGUGACAAGUACUAUGGCUUCAAGAUUCAGUACGAGUUCACUAGUGCUAUGAGAGUUGACCUCCCCAAGACAGAUUGUGGUGAAUAUCUUUCGAUGUCUAAAGCUUAUGGUGGUGAGAUCAAACUCUACAGGAACAGGCUGAGUGAUUACAUAGAUUGUGUCUGGGUCAUACCUCGUCCACCAUCGUUCACCAACCUCAUGGUCAGGAUGGAAUCAUACUCUUUCUCACCAUCCUACAUGUCACUUACGAUGACAAUCUACGGUGGUAUGACAUCGAAUGGCAUGCCACUAGUGGUGGAUGAGCCCUUGUCCAUCAUUGAUACACGCCGCACAACCAGUGAUGGGCUGUUCAUCCGCCUACAAGGAAAAGUGGACUGGGUCGACGUCAAGAUGGCUUACCUGUCUUAUGUCACAUUAACAAUGGGCCAUUGUAUUGCUCCAACUGUGCUUUGUACAGACUUUGGAAGUGUUUGUGUCUCCGAUACCCUGUCCAGCACUGAAUGGGAUAAGAGAUGUGGAAUAACUUCACGGCCUACAGCUACAGAUUUUAGCUGCUGGGGACGGUUAUGCAAUGACGGGAAGACAUGCUACUCUUGGUGUGAUGGUGUUGCUCAAUGUCCUGAUAAAGCUGAUGAGGAGAAUUGUCCUGCAGAUAGCAAUCAAGGAGAAGGCUCAUUCAACGUGCAGAUCAUAGUGCCAGUCAUUGUGCUAUUCUUGGGUGUACCGAUCAUUGUUAUACCCAUCUUCCUCAUCGUUAAACACUGCGUCAAGCGGCGAGUAGACCAGCGCGUUCGAAGGAGGCGGAAUCUAUUAAGACAAUAUGCCAAUAAUCGUGACCGAGAAAACCAUGACAACCCAGCAUUUCGACUUGGAGAUGAUGGCGUCUUUCGUCGGCCUGGUACUUCGCGUUUCAUCGAUGACCAUGUGACCCCAACGAUGCGAGGAAUCCCACCACCAUCAUAUCAUACACUAGUCUCGCCACUUGAUGAGCGAGAACAAUACUUUCUUCAGGAUCGACCUCCGUCGUACCGUGCAGUGCUGAGCCACCCCAGCAACUACAGGCUCUCUGUCGUUGAAACGAAGCCUGUAGACAUGGAACCACCACCUGCUUAUGAAAGCGUUUUCCACAUUCAAACCCAACUCUUUUCGGAAACUCAACGCCUGAGUGCAGAUGCUGAUGGGACUUCAGGAGGUCGAUCACCUAGUGCUGCGAACCCUGGUGCCAAUCAACAGAAUCGAGAAACUAAUGAUGACCGACCAACUUUGCUGCAGAGACUCUCACGUUGGACCAUGAUGCCUCGGUUGAGUGGGUCAGGUGCUGAUGAUGCAGGAAAUGGAACAGUGUCUAAUGGUCAAGUUCAGUCACAAAAUCCGUUGGAAUCGGCCCGGGGAGUGCAUGGUGAUCUUCCAAGAAACCAAGGGAAUGCCCCCUUUACAAUAUCACGUGGAUCUUUUUCAGAUUCUAGGGCACACCUGCCGCAGAAUGAUGCAUCUCGGUCAGUGUCCCUAAGGUCAUGCCCAGAUGGGCUAAGGCCAAAUAAUAGUGAAGGUCGAAUUAGUCCAGGUCAAGAACAGUCUAAUUUGGUUGGUCAUAGAGACUUGCAUCAACCGGAGUCGAAUCAUUCAAGACAUGUGGAAGCAUAUGGACAACCGUCUCCACAACCCACUCGUUUGCUGCGAUGUAAUUCUAGUGAUCAUAAGGGUGCCUCUGCCAGCAGCCUGCUCAGUUCAUCUCAUGGGAGGUCGGCGUCACUUGACUCGUCUAACUCUCCUGGAAUGGUGAGAAGUCAGCACUUACGACUGCCACUUCCUUGGAUACGCCAGGACUCAGCAAGAGGGAAUGUGCACAAUGAUGCUGGCCAUGUGCCUGAAAAUGAUCCUGUGAGUAGGGUGAAGCAUCAAGAGAAUCCGGACAGAGAAAGGAACACCAACGAUAGAGCUGUGCCAGCGCCAUACCGUCCUUCACGGAGUAUCUCAUACAGAACACCAUCGGCAGAUGAGGUGCUGUCAGUUCCUGCGCGACGAGCAGGAUCAGAAUUUUCUGUUGCAAGUCGUCCUGUGCAUCAUGGAAACUCUCGGGAUUUGAGUGGAGGACUAUCUCGUUACCGUAACAGGCCACUCCACAGUAGUUUGUCAAAUUUGAGUAGGUCUAGCGAUUCGGAAGAUACUCGUGAGGGGUCUGUUUCGAACAAUGGAAAUUCAUUAAGUCAAGGUCAGCCCCAACAACUAACUCUGAAUUUAUCGAAUAGAGGGCGGCAGCAUUUACUGCCGUCGCUGCUUCAUGAAUCGGUGUGUGAUACGAACUUGCAGAGUUGUGAGGCAGAAGGGACUAUGCCCGUUACUGCAGCAAGGAAGCGUGUAACAGCCCCAAGGAUCGGUUCCUCAAACGGACAUCAGGCGUCCAACACCCGUCAGGUGCGUCCACCAGUAGCACCAAGACCAGGAGCGUGCUUACCUCGUAGUCACAUUCCAGGCAGUGGAGACUCUCAGUCAACCGAAUCUAAGCCAGGCCAAAGAUUGAUGGAUGCUACGAAACCAGAGGAAUUCGGAGAACCAUGUCCUGAUUCAGGGCAAAAUACAAUACAGGAGAGAGGAUCUGCUUCGGAAGAUGGGGUUCCAUUGGCAUUUGUGGAAUCAAGUCAAGGUGCUGUAGAUGUUGGAUCAGAUAUUGGCUCUAGUGCCUCAUAUGUUUGAUUUGAAUGAUUAAUAUUUUAAGCCGACACAUGAAUUAUACUUUCCCAUGUGAGGCCUAAAGCCGAGCACUAUAGUAUAGGCCCAAAGGGAAAUGACUGUUGUCUUUGAUUGCAAAUAUUGAAGCAUGUCCUUGUUGACAUUCAGCUCGGUAAUUCUUUUAGAAAAGCACUUCAUAUAUUUAUUAGGAAUUAUUGGGACAUUCUUAUUUCUUAGUUAAGGAUCAUGUCUCUGGGCAUUACAUCAUUGGUGCUUAUUGACAGUCAUAAAAGGUACAAUUGAAAUGAUUCAGAGAAGAUUUUUUUGAAAAUGGGGUUAUGAUACGCAAGAUUUUGUACCAUUUGUUAAUUGUCUCGUUUUUAGAGGCUUGUGCUAAGAUUUAGGAGAUGGUUUAAGAUUGUCAGAGUUUAUAUUGUUCUAAUUCUGACUUCAUCUUUAAGGAACUCUGUCAGUGAUUUAGUGAUUUAGUGAUUUGUGAAAUUGUAGCUUUCAUUUCGAUUUCUUUUAGCAUUUGUAUGCUGUGUAUAAACAGCAGUUUAAUGUCGAAUCUGUCUGCUUAAAGGGUAACUCGUGUCAAAUUUCACCAUUAUAAUGUUUUAGCUGUUUUUGACACAUGACUACGUCACUUUCUCAUAAAUCGGUAAGGUUUUCGAAUCGAAAUGCACAUUUUCUAGAAAUUGAUGGUUGAAAUUGCGCUACGCUGACGACGUUUUCGUUGAUGACGUCUUCGUGGUCGCGGUGGUUUACAUUCAGCGAUUUUAUAAUAAAUCUAAUCAAAAAUGGAAAAUUUGAGCUUUACAUUUGUGAUCAACUAUUAAAAACGGACGAAUUUCCGCAAAGUUGUAAUCACAUCAUAGUAUCACUUUAAAUCCUGAAUUUUGUUUAUUGUGAAAAAUGCAUAACACAUACAACAUUCCUAAUUUACAGUAUUUUUGCUCUCUUUGCUAAUUGUAAUAUGUUUUUCAUGCCUUUUGCGUUUUAAAUGUUAUGGAAAUAAUUUGCUGUUGUGAGAAAGUGCUAUUAUUGGGUACUGCUGCGGGUUCCGCUGACCCAACUCGUGAGUAGAAGUGAAAGACCUUUAGUGAUAUUAGGUCACCUGAGUCUGGGGUUAUAUAUGAAUCUCAUUUUCAAAUGUGACAUGUACUUUUCAGUUGUCUUUUGUGACAUGACCAGUAUUACAUGCUGUAUGAUUGUUGGAUCGGGGAUGGAAAGAAAUAGAUGUAGUUAUCAAUAUUUCUUUGUCACUAUAUUAGGUCAGGCGAUUUUGUGAGCUGAUUCUGAUGAGUUCACAUGUGUUUGUGUGUUACAAACUUUUUUUAAGUAAGGCAGUUUGAUUGGUUGGUAAAUCUUUGCAUAAGCAUGCAAUCAAAAAAGCAGUUUACUAUUUCAGUAAUAGACAGCAGCACUUGUGGUGGAAAAUUCAGUGGCCAACCUUUGUAAGUGAUUUAACACACUAAAUGAUAUCUCAAUAGUUUGAUAGUGUAAGCUCUGGUAUCUUAAAUGGCAUAAUCCCUCAUGUGCCCUGUCGGCAUUUCAUCUUGCUUUCUUUAUAUGGCCCAGAGCAUGAGACAAUGUUGUGAGAUUAUUGAUAACAGCCGCCACUAAAUGUUCCGAGAAGACCUGUUUGAUAGAAUAGGGCCUACUUGUGAUGUGACAUAUUGUAGAACAGAAAUAUUUUGCACAUGUAUACUCACCCUGUGCUCUAUUUCAAAACAGAACAUUUUAAAUUUUGUUAAAAAAAUAUUGCCUUGACUCGCGAAAAUGUUCUGUUCUUCAGUAAUCUCAUCCCCACGAACCCACACGCUAAUCGCCAAAUUGUCACGACCUGUCUUGCCUUCAAGUUGACCAAGGCAUACUCUUCACAUCUCUGUUAUGAUGUCUGCAGCUGGCCUAGUCAUUCUUAUUCCACAACUUCAACACUCAAUUGGGCUCAAUUUAUUUUGAAGUAGUCUGAUCCUACAAAGGUCUUGAGGACCUGACAUACCUUCAAGGCCAUGUUAAAAAUAAAUGGGCUAUCAGGCUGGGCGUGUUCAACCACUAUUAGAGAGGGCAAUGCACUGAAUAACUGCUCGCCUUGCAUAACAAACUUGUUGUGUUCUAAAAAACAAUGAUGUUAUCUCACUCUCUGUCUUCUAUUUCACCCAUCAAUAUAGUCACUGCUAGGUAACCAUUGUUAACCUUAUUACUUCAUUCCUGAUUGAGGGUUCAAUAGAAUCUUAAUCAAACUUCAACUAACAGGUAAUGCCCGCUGUACACGAUCCCUCAAAAUUGGAUGAAAAAAAUUUGACCGAAAAGAUUGAUCGUGUAUGGUGGGAAAUUGGAUGAAAUAUUUUCCAUCAAUCAAAGAUUGAUGGAAUAGAGCCGGUCCUAUUUUUGAAUGACGAAUUGAUAAAAUUUGACCGUGUACAGCGGGCAUGGAUAUUUAUUGAACAAUUAACCCUAUUGAAUUGAAUUGUUCGUGGGUUCACCGAAAUCAAUGAUCGUCCAUUCCUCCUUCAUGAUGACGGUGGUUAUGCAAUUUGUAAUGCAAGGCCUAGAUUCCACAGUUUGCCUCUCAUAGACGACAACAUGGGCUGGACGCAGAGGGCAGUGGAAAUCAUGAUAGAGUCGUAUAGGGCCCACCCAAUCCUAUACAACACCAAAGAUGCCCUGUACCACAAUCGCGUUAAGAAGGAACUGGCCUACCAAGAGGUACUUGAGGAUGUCUGCAAGGAAAAGAGUGACUGCACGGUUGAUGACGUGAAGAAAAAAAUGAACGGGCUACGUAGCAACUUUGCUUGGGAAAUGGAGAAGAUAAAAAAGACCAAAAGAAGUGGUGCUGCGGCAAAGGAUGUGCACAAGCCAACCGUAUGGUGGUUCCAGAAGCUGCUCUUUCUUAACGAUCAGCAAAUAUCUCUUCAUCCAUACGCAGAUAGUUUUUGUAAGAAGCGGGGUCUUCCAGCCUGAGCUCCUCGUUUAGCAUGGCAUAUGCCCCUUUGGAUGCUCUUCGAAGGAUCCAUGGCCGUGUCCAAUAUCGGCGUCGUCGUCGUCGUUUCUUCUUCAAUGCGGCCAUGGCUAUUGCCAUAGCAGCAACGGCAGCUGACGCAGCAACGGCCACAAGCAGUCUUGACUGCACGGGAGCCAUUUUGUGAAUGAUUGGAUGAAAAUGAUUGACCGUGUAUGGCGGGACCCUCUACAUACAAAUUUGACCAAAAAGAUUGAUGAAAAAGUUUGAUGAAAAUGAUUGACCGUGUACAGCGGCCAUAAGUCUUGCGUUAUUUUAAGUGAGCCCACCGUGUUGAGUUUCGUCAUUAUUGUCCCAGACUCUUUCAAAUUUGAUAUGUAGACGCCUAUUAGGCAUCAACACGCACUGACAAAGAUUUAGGACAGUUUGAUCUUCCUCAAAAGUGUAAAUAGGUCUCCAUGUAGGUCUUAAAAUCCGAUGUGGGCCAUAUCGCAAGAACAUUCACUAUGAUUUUCAAAUGUAGGUCAUUCGUUAUCAGGCUUGAUAGAGUGGCUGAAACAUUGGAGCUUGACAUCAUUUCCAAGGUCACUGAGGUCAAACUCAGUGUGACCACAAUGGUUGUCAAAUUCCUCCCAUUGACACUAUGUGAGCACAUGGCCCUUGGCCUUUCCAUGAAAUUAUGUUUUUUUAUCGAACCAUUUAACCUUUUUCAAAAAUUUGUUGGAAAAUAAUCCAGUGACCAAUUCGAGUAACUGGAUACUUGUUUUUCUUGAAUAGUUCGAAUGGUUCAAGUCUGAAGGACCUGUUUUGUUGUCCCUUAUUGUGCACCAUUGAUUUUUUACCGGAAUCCACUCGUGCAUGUUCAAUUCACUAGUCCCUUGACCUUCCUCAGUCCAUAAUGAUGCUUACACGCACAUGCUCUUGUUAUGAUUAACUAGCAGCUCUGAUUUUAUUGGAAAGUUAUUGACGAAUAAUGCAGAUGUCAUGUUGUUUACAAAUUCCAUCUCGCUGUCUGGGAUUUUGCAACGUAACAUUGAUUUGACUGUGUCUGACUGAAUUGCUCCCAUAUCCAAACUUAAACCUAUGUGACUAAUAAAAAUUUCUUUUUUGUGAAUAAAAAUAAAAAGAGGUUGGAAAAUUUGGUGGUUGAUGAAUUUACAUUUUCUGGUCACAGUGGCUCAGUUUGCUUUCCUCUGUCACAUCAACAUUUAUAGAAUUUUAUGUUAUAGAAUUUUUAAAAAAUGCAAUUUUCCAUGCUAUUGUUAAGAGUGGGAGCCUUUGGUUCUUUGAAGAUGAUUGGUAAUAAUAGUGAGGUGAAGGGGACAAGAGCCAUUCUUGGUGAAUUGGUUUUCAUUGAGAGCGUAACCUCACUAUUGACAUAAUAUACUACAGGUCAUGACCAUUCUCAGCCCAAGUGUUUACCUCAUUUCAGAAGCAUUUGUGUCAAUGACACUUAAAGCCCUCUUCUGAAGAGCGCCUGUCUAAUGGUUUUACACUAAUUGCCACCGACAGCGGCAGUGCAGGGCUAAACAAAUUGGGUGCCCAAGUGCUUGCUGGAAUGCCUUGCAGUCUGAUAACUCGGGUGCCAAAAAUAAGUAAACAGCAUAACAGAACAUGUCCAAAUGGACACUGAAAAUCUCCCACCACUAACUACCUUUCCUACCAAGCCUUGAUAGAACCCACUGGCACUGUGAGUUCUGAACCUUUCUACAUCUUAAACUGUGUACAUGUAGGUCCACUACAUGACCAGAAAGGAAUGUAGGUAAAUAUCCCUCAAGUAGAAAUCCCCCCAUUUGCAAAGUUGGUAAAAAUCCCCCCAAAAUAUAUUUUCCUAACAAGUAAUGAUUCGUAUAUUUUGAAGCUUUAAUAGGCUUACAGUGAGUUUUUCUGAAGAAAUAGUUACAUGUAGUUGUCAAUUCCUAAUCGUCAUUGUAUUUUCCUCCGUCCUGUUAUAUUUCUGUGGUGUGAAGCUGGGAGUUCACAGCGAUAUCAUCUCACAAACAUCUUUAAAAUCCUAUAUUUUUGUUUUGGAGCUUCAAACAUUCCUUAUUCAUGUUGUUGAUUGCAUAUGUUGUACAUUGAUUGCAAAAUGAUUCUGUCCAUUCGAUACACUCCAAUCAACAGGAUUUUCCUGGUUGAGAAAAAAAUUGUUGUACAGGUUUGCUUCAUGGAAAGGGUUUAUUGCUUUAAAUAGUCCUUUCAUGAAACCUUUCCAAAAUUGAAGCCGUCGACUGUAGUUUUUUAAUUGUUGUAUAUUUUUUAUAAAGGGAUAUGUAUUAUGUGGCCCUGCUUGUUUGCAGGUCACAAUAUGUUUUGUCUAAAACAAAGUUUAGAAGCUUUUUAGUUGUAUAUACAUCAUAUAUAUAUCUGAUAUAUACUUUCACCCUACAUAUCAUCUACAAGGCCUUUGUUCAUAGGCAACACAGCGUAGAAAGACAAAAGCCUGGUCGAGAUAUGCGAUUGAUUGUUGUGGAAGGUCUAUGUUGUUCAUUGUUUAACAUUUUCAACAGUGCAACAGUGUAGACUGUUAUAGUUAUUCCAGUUAUCUGUGAGACAAUUUUCCCCACGUGUCUGGUCAGGUAGGCUACAGCCUGAGUGGCAGUGUUAAUUUAGUUUUACUUUUGGCACAAGUAAGUAGAAUGCAGUACAUGAACAUCAUUGGCCUUAAAGUUGGGGUGUUCUUUUAAAGGGGGCAUAAACAGGAACAUAUUACCAUGGUGACAUUAGACCCGAGAACCCAGAGUUUAUUUAUAAUCAUCUGGGCUAAUAUCAAACCAGACUCCAUUUUAUAACUAUACACAUGUCAGCUAAAGACCAUCAAUUAAACCUCUAUUUCCUGCUCUGAGCCUCCUUUAGUUGUUCAGCACCUACAUUUUACUGACAAGAGAAUAUCAUGAACCAUCAUGAUAAAGUGUAAAUCAGUUAAUUUGUAAUUAUGUAGAAAUAUCAAUGUGUUCUGUCUGAAUGACAACAGAGGGGUCGCAUCAAUUCUAUUUUAGUGUUAUGAAAUAAACUUUGAAAUGCAGAUAGUUU